GAGGCCUGCAGCAACUGGAGUCACAUAAAUUCCCAUCUAUACCUCCUUGACGACCUCACUCCUGCCCUCCCUUUAGAUUUUCCAGUCCUGUCCACUUUUCUUCAACCUUGUCCUCGUUGCAAGCAUUAAUUUGUCCUACACCCAUCUAUCCACCGAGCGACCAACCACCGCACCCAAUGACCUCAACAACCACCAACGCAUACACCCUCCGCCACCACCGGCCGGGAGACAUGGGCUGGAUCGUCCACCGCCACGGCGCGCUCUACGCCCAAGAAUACGGCUGGAACGAGCGCUUCGAGGCCCUCGUCGCCGGCGUCACCGUCGACUUCAUCGAGAACUACGACCCCGCCCGCGAACGCUGCUGGAUCGCCGACGACCGCGAUGGCCAAUUCCUGGGCUGCGUCAUGCUGGUCAAUGACCGAAACUCCGAUGACAAUGCCGCCAAGCUCCGCUUACUGCUCGUGGAACCCAGCGCGCGGGGGCUGGGCCUCGGACGAGCUUUGAUUCAUCAAUGCACGGAGUUUGCGCGCGAGGCCGGGUAUGCGCGCAUCCGGCUGUGGACGAAUAGUGUUCUUGUGUCGGCGCGGCGGCUGUAUGAGAAGGAGGGGUAUCGGCUCGUCUCGACGGAGGAGGAUGAGAAGUUGGGGUUCAAGUCGACGGGGGAAUUUUGGGAGUUGGUGCUUUAG